CCGCCCCGCUCACGCGGCCCCGCCCCUUGUCCGUGCCCGCCCACAAGCUGUCCAGUUCCGCGCCUCUCCUGCCUGCGCAGUUCCUGCAGAACCGGAAGCCGCUGACUGGAACGGAGGCGAGCUGCGGCCGGCAGUGCUUCUGACAGACUUAUCAGAAGGAAGGACACCAGCGAUUGUGGGGAGCAUAAGGGGAAGUCCCUGAAGCAGUUUCUGGAAAACCUCAAUGUCCUGACAGUUGAAGAAAACCAAGAAUUGACUUCUAAAGAAUCCAGUUCAUUUACAAGAAGAAGAAGCCCAGAAGAGGAAAGAAAAGGAUUCAGAAAUGGCUCUUACUCAGAGGCGUUUAACAUUCCGGGAUGUGGCCGUAGAGUUCUCUCAGGAGGAGUGGAUGUUUCUGGACCCUGCUCAGAGGACUUUAUACAGGGACGUGAUGUUGGAGAACUAUAGGAACCUGGUCUUCGUGGGUAUCUCUACUUUAUGUGUGAUAAAUGAAUGGCCACCUGCAGAGAGCAGUAGUACAGAAGAAAUAUCCCCCACAGUGAUGUUAGAAAGGAAAGAAAACCAUGACAUUGAAGACUUUUGCUUUGAGGAAAUCCAGAAGAAUAUACAUAACUUUGAGUGUCAGUGGAGAGAUGAUGAAAGACAUUGCAGUGGAGUCCUUAUGACCCUUCAGGGAAAUCUCCCUGGUAGGAGAGAUCAGCAUGAUAGGAAGGAUUCAGCAAACAAGCUUGUUAAUAAUCAGCUGGGAUUGAACACCCCGUCUGAUAUACCAGAAAUGAAGCUUUUGAAGAUUGCCGGGAAAAUUUUUGAAUGUAAUCCCAUGGAGCCAUCUGUCAAUAGUGAUUUCUUGAUUUCCCCAUCCCACAGAAUUCCUGCUGUGAAACCUCACUUUUCCCAUGAACGUGAGUAUGAUCCUAAGGAUUCAUCAUUCCCACAAGGAGACAAACCACACAUCAUGACAGAACAUAACAAAAGUUCUGAUUGGGAAAAGACCUUUAAUCAAGGCUUACAUUUGAAUAUUCAGGAAAAAAUGAAUAGGGAAGGGAAUCGAUUUAAAUGUGAUAUAUGUGCCAAGGUGUUCAAUAAAAAGUCAAGACUUAGAAAUCAUCAGAGAGACCAUGCUGUAAAGAAAACUUACAAGUGUAAUGAAUGUGGCAAGGUGUUCAAUUGCAUUUCACAGCUUGUACAGCAUCAGAGAACCCAUAGUGGAGAGAAAGCUUACAAAUGUAGUGAAUGUGGAAAGGUAUUCCAUGAAAGUUCCUCUGUUGUGGAACACCCCAGAAUUCACCCUGGAGAGAAACCUUACAAAUGUAAUGAAUGUGAAAAGGUAUUCUGCAUAAGUGCAUCUGUUACAGAACAUGAGACAAUUCACACUGAAGAAAAACCUUACAAAUGUAAUGAAUGUGGCAAAAAGUUCAGUCAUAAAUCCUCCCUAAUACCACACUGGAGGAUUCAUACUGGAGAGAAACCUUAUGAAUGUAAUGAAUGUGGAAAGGUAUUUAAUCAUAUUUCAAACCUUGCAAAACAUCAGAGAGUUCACACUGGAGAAAAACCUUACAAAUGUGAUGAAUGUGGUAAAAUGUUCACUCGUAAAUCAUCUGUAGCACAUCACCGGAGGAUUCAUACUGGAGAGAAACCUUACAAAUGUAAUGAAUGUGGAAAGGUAUUUAAUCGUAUUUCAUACCUUGCAAAACAUCAGAGGAUUCACACUGGACAAAAACCUUACAAAUGUAAUGAAUGUGGAAAGGUAUUUCGUGAAAGUUCAGCCCUUGCAUGGCAUCAGAGAAUUCACACUGAAGAGAAACCUUACAAAUGUAAUGAAUGUGGAAAGCUAUUCCGUGCAAGUUCAAUCCUUGCACAGCAUUGGAGAAUUCAUACUGGAGAGAAACCUUACAAAUGUAAUGAAUGUGGAAAGGUAUUCCGUGAUCGUUCAGCCCUUGCACAGCAUCAGAAAAUUCACACUGGAGAGAAACCUUACAAAUGUAAUGAAUGUGGAAAAGUAUUUAAUCGUAUUUCACACCUUGCACGACAUCAGGGAAUUCACACUGGAGACAAACCUUACAUAUGUAAUGAAUGUGGCAAAAGGUUCACUCGUAAAUCCUCCCUAGCAUAUCACUGCAGGAUUCACACUGGAGAGAAACCUUACAAAUGUAAUGAAUGUGGAAAGGUAUUUAAGCAUAUUGCGCACCUUGUAAAACAUCAGAGAAUUCACAAUGGAGAGAAACCUUACAAAUGUAAUGAAUGUGGAAAGGUAUUUAAUCGUAUUUCAAACCUUGCACGACAUCAGGCAAUUCACACUGGAGAAAGACCUUCCAAAUGUGAUGAAUGUGGCAAAGUGUUCAGUAGCAAGUCAUCCCUUGGAAAGCACUUGAGGAUUCAUGCUGAGAGAAACCUUACAAAUGUAAUGAAUGUAGAAAAGUCUUCAGUUGAAAUUCACACCUUGCAUAACAUCUAAUAAUUCAUACUGGUUAGAAACUUUAUAAAUGUAAUAAAUAGGAGAAAGUGUUCAGUCAGUAUUCUCAGCUUGCAAAUCACUGGAGAGUUCAUAUUGCAGAGAAACCUUAUAAAGAAUGUGGGCUUCAGUCAAAAUUCAUGUCAUACUGAAAAUUCUUUUUUCUUCUAAUCUUUUUUGGUUUUUUUAUUAAAUCAUAAGUUUGGAUUGAUGCAUUUAUUGCGUUCAGUGUACUGAUUUGAUAUACAAUGUGAAAUGCUUACAUGGAACUGAUAAACAUCCAUCACAAUUAGUCUCUCCUUAGUUCUGAAAUGUACAGUAGCAUCAUGUACAAUGGGUGAGAUCCCUCAAAUACUCUCCCUCCCGCCUCCUCUCUCCCUAUUCCCUUCUACUUUUUGGAGUACAGUUAUGUUUUACCAUUCAUAUGAAUGCGUAGGGGAUUAUAGGUUGAUUUCAUGUUAGUAUUUAGUACAUUGUAUACUUUUUUUCCGUUCUUGAGAUACUUUACUAAGAAGAAUAUGUUCCCGUUCCAUCCAGGUAAACUUAAAAGAUGUGAAUUCUCCCUCUUUUUUUGUGGUUGCUUAGUAUUCCAUGGUGUAAAUAUACCACAGUUUGUUAAUUCAUUCAUGGGUCGAUGGACAUUUGGGCUGUUUCCAUGUGUUGGCAAUUACUAAUUGGGCUCCAAUAAACAUUC